AUGAAUCAUGGCUUCUAUUAUGAUAGCCAAACAGAGACCCCAAGACUCGUCGUCCCCAACCCACCUGUAAGACCAAACCUCGGACUAUUUCAACGACCAUCAGCAGCAGCAAGAUCUCAAGGCAAUUAUUGGGUUUCAAGCCUUUUUGAUGAACUUGAGCUCGGAAGUGAAGGACUUGGCGUUCGUUGCCCAGACUCGUGUCUAGGUGAAGAAGAAGAAAUUGGUUUCGCGUUGGACUCGAGUAUUCCGUUUUGCGAGCUUCGCUGUUUUGUUGGUGACAUCAUUAGCAGGUUUGAGAAGAAGGACUUCUAUUUGAAAGUUUUGAAGUUCAUCAAUGUGGAUCGUCCUUUUGCUGAGAAACAUUAUGAGGACUUGUGCAAAGCCCUUUUCAGUGGAUUGGUUGAUUAUAUUAUUUCUGAUCCCGUUGUUGCUAUGAUUUGGGAGGGUAAGAAUGCUAUCCUAACUGGUCGAAAGAUUAUUGGUGCCACCAACCCAGCAGAAUCUGCCCCUGGAACCAUCCGUGGUGAUUAUGCAAUUGAGAUUGGCAGAGUCAUCUGCACAUGUCAAGGAAGACAAUUUCAAUAUUGCUAACAAGUCUAAACUGAAAGGGAGUCGUCCAAUUCCUGGGGUUGAACAUGCUGCUUUUAAAACAUCUAAACUGGGCAAACUCGGAGGGAGUUCAUCAGUCUAAUAGUGGGCUGCAAAAAGGAAAACAGAAGAAGAUAUAUAAUGAAGCUCAAACUGACUGCUAUGUGAGUGGCAAUGAAAAGAUUGAGGCCACAGUUGAGGUGGAAGAAGUCCGCGAGUAAAGGUAAAUGAUCUUCACAUUAUACAACACACACAAAGCAAGGGAAAUUGGUGAAGAAGACUCUACGGAAUGCAUCUUCUACUACUGAUCGUAAAAGGGAAGAAAACAAUUCAGGUUUAUCAACAGUACAAGUUCCAUCUGCAAACCCGGCCAACUUACCUACAAAAAACAGGGGUAAAUGGGAGAUAGACAUGCAGAAAUCAUCAAUACAGAAGGAUGCAAAGUCUCCUGAGAGUAUUUUAGAUGACCAACCUGAUAAACUGGUUCCUUCAUUACGUAACAGAGAACUAAAUUAAGGAAAAGCUUUCUAACUGCUUAUCUCGGUAUCAAGUGCGGAGAUGGUGUGCUUUUGAAUGGUUUUACAGUGCAAUUGAUUACCCAUGGUUUGCUAAAAGGGAGUUUGUGGAAUACUUGGAUCAUGUUGGAUUGGGUCAUGUUCCAAGAUUAACUCGUGUUGAAUGGGGUGUAAUAAGGAGCUCCCUUGGCAGACCACGGAGAUUUUCUGAACAGUUCUUGAGCGAAGGAAAAGAGAAGCUUAAUCAGUACCGGGAAUCUGUUAGAACUCAUUAUGCUGAACUUAAUGCUGGUACAAGGGACGGACUUCUGACUGACUUAGCUCGGCCUUUAUCAGUUGGACAGCAUGUCAUUGCUUUUCAUCCCAGGGCAAGCGAGAUCCACAAUGGAAUUGUCCGUUGACCAUAGUAGGUGUUCUGUGCAGUUUGACCAGCUUGAAUUAGGGGUUGAAUGUAUGAUGGUGUGAUGGAGAUAUCAUUGUUCAAAGCACUUGUUAAUAACAUAGAGCUAGACAAAAGGACACGUACACCCAAAUGGAAUUGGAUGAGGUGUGGAAUUGGAUGAGGAGCGAGAAGAAUUGGCAACUCAUGUCCUAUAAUGGCUUUUUGAUUGAACUAAACAUUCCUCCAUUUUUCAUGUCUUUCUAGCUAGUAUUUUGCAUAUAUAUAGACAAGUAUGGAUAAUUUGUGGUGUGAGGUUGGAAAAAUUGUGAUUUGGAUGUGAUAAGUAUGGAUCUUUCAAGUAUUUUGCUUAUAUAUAUAUAGAUAAAUAUGGAUAUAUUUAAAUUA